AGUAACAGAAGGACGCGUGGAUCGUGGUGAAUUCUCUUUCUCUUUUUUAUACUCUGAAUUCUGAAUAUCAUCAUCUUCAUCCUCGUGGAGUAGUAUUUUCGAUCAAUCAAUCUUCUCUGUUUCCAAAACAUUCCAAUUAUUUCCCUUCAUUCACACAUCAUGGACUCUUUGUCUUUGCACUCAAACCUCCAUUCCGUUAACAAUAAGCGCCGCCAAAUCACACACCAAAACUCCUUCGCUCUCACUCCCUCCUGGACUUCCCUAACCGAACAGCGCCUCUACUCCUCCAAGCUCCUCCACUCGCUCCGCCGCAACAGCAACCCUACCGCCGCCCUCGAAGUCCGCGCCUCCGCUGACCGCGUCCUCGCCGCCACUGCCAAAGGCCGAACUCGCUGGAGCCGCGCCAUUCUCUCAAAUCCGAUCUGCCGGUGGAAGCAGAGACACCACAAGAAGGUCAAGAAGUACUCCGCCAACAAAUUCAUGAAGAAGACGACGCCUGAGAUUCGGAGAAGCUUGCCGGCUGUGCAGAAGAAAGCGCGCGUUCUCGGAAAGUUAAUUCCUGGUUGCCGGAAGGUGUCGUUCCCGAAGCUUCUAGAAGAAGCCGGUGACUAUAUUUCGGCGUUGGAGAUGCAAGUGCGAGCCAUGAAGGCUCUCGCCGACCUCCUCGCCACCGGUGCUCCGCCGCCAGCUCCGAUCGGUUUGAGUUGACCGAAGUUGUUAAUUCUUACUAUUAGGUGUUUCUUCAUAUAUCGUUUAUAUUAGUUUUUAGAUUUCAGUUCCAUCUUCGCCACUUAUUUUUUUUUUCUCUUCAUUUUUUAUUAUUUCAGUUAAAAAAGUUAUAAUAGACAGUAAGAUAUGUUCUAUAUUGUUAUAUUACAUAAUAAUAUAAAUGAUAUGGUAUAUAAUUAGUUUACA